AUGAGUUCCUCGAUAUCUAUACAUCUGUGGAUUUGUAUGUUGGUAUUCUUACCAUCCUGUUACAGAUGUCGAGCUGAGUUCUAUUUUAAAGAUGGUUUGAAGAUAGAAAAAACCGACUGGUACCUACAUCUAAAAACCAAAGAAUUAGAUGAUCAUAUUCAAACAGUAGCCGGCGAUAUUAGAGCACGUGAGAUGAGACAUUUGUAUUAUAAAUAUAAAUUAAGUUUGGCUAUUGGAACCCCGGAGCAUGGACUAUUGAUCGAUUCCCAGCUUUCCGAAGAACUGUAUUCAUUGUAUAAGCAGGCUGAAAUUAUUUCUGAAGCUUCCGCCUUUAUAAGCAAUAGUGAAUGUCGAGAUCGAGGAGGACAAUGUGCCAUAGUCUUAUCGAAAGUGAAACUAGAUAAGACAUCUUUGGGUAAGAUUUGUUUGUCCAUGUUUUACAACAAAACUGAAUGCAUCGGGAUGAACUUGAAGUAUCGUAGUCCUGACGGUUCUUGUAACAACUUAAAACGUUCCUACUCGGGGAAAGCAACCACGGCUUAUAAACGUUUGCUGUUUAAUAACUAUAUUGAUAGUUUUUAUGAAUUUGUGGAAUUUCAUUUAUCACAUUUACCCAGUCCUAGAAGGCUGAGCGUUGAAUUUGUCAGAGACGAGCACUCACCUGAUGACUUAAAAACGAUGGCGAUGGCGUACUGGACGAUUUUUGUAGGCCAUGAUCUAUCUCACACAGCAAUUUCUGUAACGAUGAAUAGUUAUAAAUCCGUGAGAUGUUGUUCAGAUGACCGAAGUCGGCUCAGUCCUCGAUACCGGGACAGAUUGUGCAUGGAAGUAGUGGUACCGGAUGAAGAUCCAUUUUACACGAACCGUAUUCGAUGUAUGAACUACGCGCGUUCGGUGCCAGCUGUGCGUUCCGAUUGUACUUUUGGACCCAAGGAACAAAUGAACCAAGCUACUCAUUAUUUAGAUGGGUCGAUGAUAUACGGUUCGUCGGCGAAACGGACGUGGUCAUUGAGGACCAACUUGGGCGGCCAACUGUUGACAAACAUGGGCUGCUAUAACAAUAGCCAAGACGACCCGGUACAGCCACAGUAUAUGCCACUGGAAGACACCGAAUCAAGCGCCUGUCAGUAUGGCAGUGGCACGUGUUAUAGGGCUGGUGACAUCCGAGCAAACGCGCUUCCUCAACUGACGGUCAUGCACACAUUGUGGAUGAGGGAACACAACCGGUUGGCCAAACUACUGUCACACGUCAACCCGCACUGGGACGACGAACGUAUUUUUCAGGAGGCCAGGAAAAUCGUUACGGCAUCCAUACAGCAUAUCACUUACGCUGAGUGGCUGCCAGCGCUACUCGGGGAAAACUACACCAAGCGGAAAGGGCUUGAUCUGUCGACAAAAGGCUACAGUAACGAGUACAACGAGACCACCGACCCGAGCGUCAGCAACAGCUUUGCGACCGCAGUAUUACCGUUCGCUAAUUCCAUGAUAAGUGACACCAUCAGUUUAUAUACGGAAGACCGAGUGAUCAACUCAAGUGUUUCGCUGAAGAAACAUUACAACCGACCAACUGGUUUACUAUUAAAUUACAUGGAUCAGCUUGUCAGAGGGCUAUCUACUCAGAAUACACAAAAAAUCGAUAUGCUAUUUACUCAAACGCUUACAAAUUAUUUAUACAGUGUUCAUCCAUAUCACUUGUUUGGAAUGGACAUUGUCAGCCUGGAUAUACAACGAAGCCGCGAUCAUGGUAUACCAAGCUACACAGAAUUUAGAAAAUAUUGUCGACUAAAAGCUAUUAGAAGUAUACAAGAUUUAUCUCGGAUCAUGGUUGAAGGUUCAACUGAUAGACUAUUGAAACAAUACAAUCAUUGGAGAGAUAUAGAGCUAUUUGUAGGUGCAUUGUUUGAGAAACACGAAGACGACUCAAUGGUUGGCCCAACGAUGAGAUGUAUCAUUAGAGAACAGUUUAUAAGAACUAGAAUGGCAGAUAGAUAUUUUUACGAUUUACCAAAUAUAUUCAAUGAAUAUCAACUGACAGAAAUCAGAAAAGUGACGCUUGCCAGAAUCUUUUGUGAUAACAGUAAUAAUAUCACAAUGAUGCAGAAAAAAGUAUUUUUGAUACCUGAAAUGGCUGAUUUGCAACUCUGUAGUUCCCAAUUAAUUCCAAAAAUCAACAUAAAUCACUGGUCAGAAAAUGUCGAUACAUUUCAAAAAUAA